AUGCCAGUGGUUAUUGUGUGUGAAACUACGCCGUAUCCGCCGUUUCCUUUUUCAGUUACGAACGAAACUUUGCGUAAUGUGAAAGUUAUAUCUUUAGCACUCAAGCUUAAUGCUUUACCUCAAGAUUUUAAUCCUUUGACCCAUAUAUCAACUGAGUAUGUGUUAUUUGUACCUGAUUCUACCCGGGUUUCAAGACGUGUUUUACAACUGGCAAUGGUGGCUGUGUCGAGCGGCAAAAUACAUGCUGUAGUAAUUAGUGUUGGUAAUUCUCACUUAACUUGUCAGCAAGUUCAAUGGAAGUAUGCUGAUUGGACACUGCAUUAUAGCAAGGACGCUUCAGGCAAGAUAUGUGAUGCUGUCCAUGGACAACAUGCUCUGUUAAUCAGGACUGAAGUACUUCAUAAACUGCCACAGCCCUUUGGUUUACCAUUUCCGGAGUCACUAUAUUUACAAUUGGCUGUAAAAAAUAUCAAGAUACAAAUAGCAGAUGGCAAGCUGGGUGCCGGUCAUGGAAUCCUCAAAACUCCAGGAGGGAGACAGAGGGCUUCAAGACACAUGAGAGAUUAUAGAGUAGCUCUGUAUAAACAGUUGGGCAUCAAGGCAGUUUUCAGGGAGGACGGCAGGGUGCAGUGGUUUGGGUGUAAGAGGGAGACACAGCGAUGUUACCCACCUGUGCAAGGCACACCUUCGUACAUUUUGUCAGGCCGCAACACUCCGCCUUGCUGUCGUCGUAAUAUGCGACGUGUGGCCGGUCAUGUUUUACGCGCGUUGUUGCAAGCGGGCGCGAGGUGCUGGCUAGAGACCACCUCCUUACUUGGGGCUGUUUUGAGAGGCGACAUAUUACCAUGGGCAGAACACGUAGAAAUUGGGAUCCAUGCAUCAGACGUGACUCGUGUGUCCUGGCUUCAGCGAGGUGGUGCUGACGCCGACGGCUACGUGUGGGAACGAGCUACUAAAGGUCACUACUAUAGGGUGGCUUAUUCAGCGACUAAUAGAGUAUAUGUGCUUAUAUUACCGUUCAGCCCUAGAAAUGGGACUAUGUGGCCUGCCGAUUGGGUGUUGGCACAUCAAAGAGAAUUCCCUGAGAGACAUUUGCAUCCACUAGCUCAGAUUACAUUCGCUGGACGGCAAGCGCCCGCUCCUAACGACGCCAGAGCGUUUCUGGACCUUAAACUUGGCGCCAAUUCCGUCGAGCGAUGUGAUAAACUUGGACCGAAGCUAUUAUAUCCUUAA